AUGGAGCUCCCGGCAGCAGCCAAUCACAGCUCGCUGCUCAGCUGACCGACUCCGGACUUACCCCAGGGGCAGGAGCUGAGCCGAGCAGUGUCCGAGAGAAGCGCUAGCGGAGCAGGCGGAGGAGGGGGGUGGGUGCAGGUAGGGAGGCAGUGCAUGGAGAGGCUGCAGCGCUGCACAAGCAGAGGUACUGCAGAUCAUUGUAUGACUGAACGUAUCUAGGCAGGAGAGAACCCUAACUACUUUCAAGAUCCACCAUUUGUGUCUGGACUCGGCACAGAUAUGGCUCGGAUUAGUGUCCUUGUUUUGACUGCCUGUCAGCUGGUUCUUGGACUUCUUACAAGCUCGUUAACUGACUCCUCAGCUCCAGCUAAUGAAUGUCCCCAGCUUUGUGUCUGUGAGAUUCGCCCAUGGUUUACCCCUCAGUCUACAUACCGCGAAGCCACAACGGUGGAUUGCAAUGACCUUCGUUUGACAAAGAUCCCAGCAAAUCUCUCUUUGGAUACACAGGUGCUCCUCUUACAAAGCAAUAACAUUGGUAAGACCAACGGAGAGCUGCAAAGACUGUUCAAUCUCACAGAACUCGACUUGUCCCAGAAUAACUUUACCUCCAUUCAGGACGUGGGCUUGUCUAAUCUUAGUCAGCUUACUACAUUGCAUUUGGAGGAAAACCAGAUUUUUGAGAUGACUGACUAUUGUCUACAGGACCUGAUUAACUUACAGGAGCUCUACAUUAAUCACAACCAACUUAAUUCCAUCUCUCCUAGUGCCUUCUCUGGGUUGCGUAAUCUACUCAGGCUGCACCUAAACUCUAAUAAGCUACGCAUAAUUGACAGCCGCUGGUUCGAAUCCACCCCCAACCUUGAAAUCUUAAUGAUUGGAGAGAAUCCAGUAAUUGGGAUCCUAGACUUCAACUUCCAACCACUUGUUAAUUUAAGAAGCUUGGUACUAGCAGGAAUGUACCUUAGUGACAUCCCAGGAAAUGCACUGCUGGGUUUGGACAACCUAGAGAGUCUCUCAUUCUAUGAUAACAAGCUUAGCAAAGUUCCCCAGCUAGCUCUGCAGAAAGUACCCAAUCUAAAAUUUUUGGACCUUAAUAAGAACCCUAUUCGCAAGAUCCAGGAAGGUGAUUUUAAGAACAUGCUGAAAUUGAAAGAACUUGGUAUCAAUAAUAUGGCAGAGUUGGUGUCUGUAGAUCGUAAUGCAUUGGAAAAUCUCCCAGAACUGACCAAACUGGAGGCUACAAAUAAUCCCAAGCUCUCUUAUAUCCACCGAUCCGCCUUUAGGAAUGUGCCUACCCUUGAGAGCCUAAUGCUAAAUAACAAUGCAUUGAACUCUGUGUAUCGUGGGACUGUUGAAUCUCUCCCAAACCUGCGUGAGAUCAGUAUUCACAGCAAUCCACUGCGAUGUGACUGCGUGCUGCAUUGGAUGGGUUCCAACCAAACUAGCAUCCGUUUCAUGGAGCCUCUGUCUAUGUUCUGUGCUUUACCCCCUGAGUACCGCGGGCAACCGGUAAAGGAAGCAUUGGCUCAAGACCCUGCAGGAGAGCAGUGUCUACCCAUGAUCUCCCAAGAUACAUUUCCCAGUCACCUUAGCCUGGACAUAGGGAUGACAGUUUCACUUGACUGCAGGGCAAUGGCAGAGCCUGAACCAGAAAUAUACUGGGUGACUCCUUUGGGGCAUAAAGUGACCACAGAAACCCUCUCUGACAAGUACCAUCUAAGUGGAGAAGGUAGUUUGCAGAUCUUUAAUGUGCAGGUGGAAGAUUCUGGGCGUUACACAUGUGUAGCCCAGAAUUCAGAAGGAGCAGAUACAAAAGUAGCCACUCUGAGAGUAAAUGGAACCUUGUUAGAUGGCACACAAGCUCUUAGACUGUAUGUCCAACAGGCAGAAUCCAGUUCAGUCUUGGUAUCAUGGAAGGUUAGUUCCAGUGUUUUGGCUUCUAACCUCAAGUGGUCUUCUGCCACCAUGAAGAUUGAUAAUCCACAUAUCACUUAUACAGCCCGUGUGCCUGCAGAUGUUCAUGAAUACAACCUUACACAUCUCCAGCCAGCAACCGAAUAUGAAGUGUGCCUGACGGUGUCGGGCCUACACCAACAAGCUCAGCGGGCCUGCAUCAACGUCACCACUAAGGGGACCUCGUACUCAUUGACUGUUACUGAUCAGGAAACCAGUGCUGCCCUGGCUGCCGUCAUGGGUUCCCUAUUCGCCCUGAUAAGUUUUGCCUCUGUUUCUGUUUAUGCCGCCAAAAGGUUCCAGAGAAAGAACUACCGGCACUCUUUGAAGAAGUAUAUGCAAAAAACCUCAUCCAUUCCACUCAAUGAGCUCUAUCCUCCUCUCAUAAGCCUGUGGGAGGGAGACAGCGAAAAGGAAAAAGAGGGGACUGCUGAGGCAAAAGCUUCCCAGGUGGACACAACCCGGAGCUAUUACAUGUGGUAACUCAAACAGUGGAGACCCAGCAACAGAGCACAAAGACUGAUGGACACCUUUCAGCAAAACUUUCCUUUUAUUUUUUUUAAUCUUGUGUCACUUUCUCUUUUUAUCCCAGUUUCUUCUCUUCGAUUGUUUCCCCUUUAUUUGCUUUUACAUACAUUCGUUAUAUAUACACUGUCUGGGCAAAGUAGGACCAGUAAUUGACUGUACAUUGGUCCCUUCAAGCAGUAACCUCCCACUGUUCAAUAUAAGGAUAUUACAAGUCACUGAAGAGUUCUUUGACCAUAUUAGGACAAGGAGUAAGAGGUUGAGUUUUUUGAGGUCACAGAACCUUCUGUGGUGACCAUGUCUGGUACCACUUUUGAUGUUAUUUAAAAGGCUCUAAACUGAGCUACCUACUCUGGGGCCUUAUAAUCAAGGUCCUUUAUCAUCUCAUAAGUGGCUUAAACACAAAUAGGCUCCAUGGCCAAUCACAAUGAUAGAAUUCUCCUCCCAAAGAGGGGCCCAUUGAACUAGAACAUAGGGAAGCUUUAGGAGAUACAGUCCUUUUACAGAAACUGUUUCAUAUCAGCACUGCUUUUUAUAUUCCCCUAAAUGUGUUUAGUCUCCCAUCUGGAAAGGUCACGGUACAUUUUAGAAUGCAGGAUAUUAAUAAUUGACGGGUAAGCGUUGUGUUGGAACAGCUUGCUUUUAAGUACCGUUUGCCUGAAUCGGGCCACUAUGGACAAUGCUGUGAUUUCUACAGUAUGGAUUAUGCAUGCCGCAGCCUUUUCAGCAGCGAUAUGAACUUUCUGAAGGUCAGGAAUGUCAGACAUAUUGGCUAUGAAUAUUUGGCUGUGAGCGUGCUUGCCGCAUACAGAUUGCAAUAUUGAGUCUAUAUGUACUAUGGAACAACGGUUUGACCAGACAGUGUAUAUACCAUAGCAGAGGUGCUGAUUUUGUUUUUGUUUUUUUUUUUUGGAACUUUGCUGUUUGAUAGCAGCGUGAUACUUUGGACUGGAUUAUUUUGGUUAAUUUAGUAUAGCGUAUCGCAGCUUUACUCGGGGUGAUUUUUUUCUCCCUUUUCAGAAAUGGUUCUCCUCUAGUACCUAAAGUCUUUCUUUAGAAAGGGCUGCUACAAAUGACUUGGCAGCCCCCCUGGCGUGAACACUUGUUGUGAUGGUGGGAAUGGGCACUGGGUAUAUCUGCAACAUGAGGACCCCCCCAAGCGUGCAAGAAGCUUCCCUGCCAAACAAGUGAACUGACUGUAUUGUUGUAUCAACUUCUUCUCCAGAAUUUAUGGACUGAUGCAAAAGUAAAAAAAAAAAAAAAACAGUAGCUUAAACCUUAUUUUGUAGUACAACUAAAGCUUCCUAGGAAAGCUGUGUUAGCAAUACAUUCUCUCUGGCCUUGGGCUAUGGGAGAGUCCUGUAGCACUGUUUAUCACCCCAGUUAACCCCCUUUCCCCCCAACCCAUGUGAGAGAUGAGCGGCUGCUGCUGAAUGUCUCAUUGUAUAUUAGGUUUUAUUAGUCUUUCUUUUACUCAAUAGCAUUACUAGGUGCAUAACGACCUCAGGAAGAGAUCACCUAUCACCCUGACGUCAGGCGCCAUUUCACUGUUAGCGCAUGUCAACCCUCCUCAGGUUAGUACGGCGCCCCACACUGAGGAACGAAGCCACGUAAUUGUCACCGCAUGUCACCUUCCUUUUGAAAGCACAAUGUCAAUCAAUCCUGCUGAUGAUAUAAACACGUUAGCCAAUAGCAUAUGACUCACCCGAUGCCGAAUGAAACCUAAUACGGAGUAUUGAUAGAGGACAUAGUGUCACUUUAUUCUGUACAAAAUGCUGUUUUCUAUAUAAAAAAAUAAACCCUGUUUUUUUCACA